UUUCAACAUGUGCAGCAUCGCCACGUCCACCGCGAUCCUGGCGCCGCCGCCGCGAGCUCGACCGCUGUCGUCCCCGCUCGGUGUGCCCACCACGACGCAGCUGAACCACGAAGAAGACGACGUCGUGGUCGUGACAAAGAAGCGACGUACGAGCAGCGGCUCCCGAUGGGACCCUGCCGCCCACAAGGAUACGAUGGUGGAGCUGCGCAAGCAAGGUGUGCGCGACGCCGUGGCGACGGCGCACCAAGCGUUCCGGUGCCCCAUUUGUCUCGAUACGUAUGGGGACAUGGUCGUCGAGUGUGCCGAGUGCGCGCAUGUGUUUUGCGAUCCUUGCAUGCGGGAGUCGCUGAAACGCAAGGACAAGUGUCCAUUGUGCCGAUGCAACCCCAUGCCGCUUCGACGCUGCAAACCCAUCGAGCGCCUCGUUGCGGCAUUGCCCGAAGCGUGCGCGUUUCUCGACAACGGGUGCUUCGACGUGACGUUGACCCGGGCCACGGCAUUCCGGCAUUCGCUAAGUUGUGGGUUCGCACGCUUCACGUGCCCCCAUUGCCGCAACGUCUUUCUGCGCCACGACCACGAUGAAGCUGUGUGUGCAUCGGAACUGCACGCGUGUCCGCUGGCAGCCCUCGGGUGCUCCUUCCGUGGUCGCACCGUCGACAUGGAUGGGCAUGUGAAGGACCGCGUCCACUUUGACCUGGCGCGGCGGGUGUUGAAGGGCGGCGCGAGCGAGAUCGUCCCGACGAGGUAAUGGUUGACCGAUGCCAUGUUUGUUGCAUGUGGCUGCGUUUGCCCGUCCCGUUCGCGUUGUGUGUUCACCAUGUCGAAAGCGACAUGGCGAUUGCGUUGCGCGCGCUCCUCGACAUCUCGACAACGGCGUGGAAGGAGUCGGACGAUCACGAUGACAUCGAUGGCGAUGCCACGGACGACGACGCCACGGAGCGAGCGCGACUCGACUUUGUUCACGCGAUGCUCGCGUCCACCAUCGUCCCGCCGCCCGCGUGAGAGGAGUCUGCGCCGCACCGUUCGUUGCACGAUUGAAGCAUCAUGUAGACUAGAUGGUAGAGAAGAAAAAUGUACAAUCAAGGUCGAGUCGGGCGGGCUGCUUCGCGCAAAGGUAGCAUUGUGCGCCGACGAGGCCGCCGUGGAGAUGCGUCGGCAAUCCAACGAGGACCGCUCGCUGUCCGCGCCAUGGAUAGAAUGCAUGGCGCAAGAACGGCGGAGGACGUUGUCGGCGGGACCUCGAAGGCAACAAAACUUUGCUCGUGAUUGGAAUAAAUAGGAAGGAACCUAGCACACUAUGGAGAGGAGGGGAGGGACGUUGUCGUCUACCCGAGGGCGUCGCCGGCGCGCUGCUGUUGCUGCAUCUUGGCAAAGUCGUCGGCCGAGUACCACAGAUUCUUCUUGGUCGCUUCGUCGAUGCUCGAGAGGGACGGAAUCGUCUCGACCUUGACGUCGUCGUCGAAACUAAUGCGUUUGCUAUGACUGCAACGGCGGACGCGGGUUUCGGAGAAGUCCCAGUCGUCGAGGCCGCCCAUGCUCAUCCUGUACGAGAACGAGCUCGACCGGCCGGAGCUCGCGCCACUCGACCGUGUGUCGUCCUCCUCUUCAAAGUAUUCGUGCAUGCUCGCCACACUCCUUGUUCUUGCGCGCAUUGCGGUCACUCCUGCAAUUGCUCUGUCGCGGCCGUCGGAAUAUGCGAAAUGCCGUCCUCGCGCCACCGUCGC